AAAUAGUUAAUGAAAGUCACGUGAAUCAAAUGAUGAUCAAACCGGGCAGUACCCAAACUAACUACCCUAAUUUCAUAUUAAACUUGAUUAAGAUUCAUUGUAAGAGCAUUGGAGUUAAUAAAACAGGUGGUAUUUGUUGUUGUUAACAUACAACCACAAAAUUUACUACUAUUUAUAACAUGACCUAUCAUAGUAUUUCAAUGACUAAUGAAGAAGUCAUAUCCAAUACAUCAUUUGAAUCAGAAAGUCUUAGACCAGAUCUGGCUAAUGGAACUUUAAUAAUAGUUGUUUGUAAGGCAAGACAUUUACCAAAUAGAAGAACAUUAGAUAAACAAUCACCAUAUGUAGCAUUAAGAAUUGGAACUAUAGCCAAGAAGACUCCAUCUGAAUUUCGAGCUGGUCAAAGACCACUUUGGAGACAUGAACUUCGAUUUGAUUUAACUAGAGAAAGAAAACCAAUUAUGAAAGUAGAUGUUUUAGAUGAUUGUAAAAAUGAACCUACACCAAUUGGUAAUUGUGAAAUUGAUUGUUCUAUAAUAUUUGCAGAAGAUAAAUUGGAAGGUAAUAAAUAUAUUCAUGACGAUUGGUAUGAUUUAUCUCAAAAUGGUAGAAGAGCAGGUCAAAUCUAUUUAGAAAUGACAUUUUAUCCCAGUGCUCCUGUAGUACCUCCUAAAGUACCAGAUAAUUGGUCAGCUUCAAAUUUAGCACAUUCACCAUCUCAUCAACAAGCUCAAGUACGGUCUAAUUCUCAAUCACCAACUCGUUCAUUAUCUCCACAUUAUUCCUAUACAAAUGCAUCAUCACCUAAUUCACCAGAUAGAAAGAAAACUGUAGUGGAUGAAGUAUUUGUUAAUUCCUUAAAUUCAGAUAAAUCACUGAAACAUUCAUCUAUAUUUAUGAGAAAUUCAAAUAAUAGUACUCAAACUGCUAAUUCAGAAAUCUUUGUUAAUAGUAAUAAUCAAGAAGAAUUAAAAGGUGGAAAGAAAUAUCUUGCCAAGUUUAAUAAAUUGAAGGAUAAGUUUUCUGCUAAAGAACCAAUUGGAAAAUUAUGGAAUGAAUCUAAUCAUCUUCAAAUUAAUAAUAAUACUACAACAACAAAAUCUCCAUCACCUAGGAAUAAUUACGGUAGAAAUAUAUCACCUAUAAGUGCUUAUGGAAUUGAUGAUGAUGAAGAAGAUCUUGAUAAACUACGUAAACAAAUGCAAGCUGAUGCUGAUGAUGCUGAUGAUGUUUCAAGUGAAGAAAUUGAAUUCAUUAAGCCUCCUACUCCUCCUCCUCAUACUUCUAAGCCAGCUUCUCCAAGAAGAAAACCUCCAACUGAAUAUAAUACAUCCUUUAAUUCAAUACCUGCUAAAGUACCAUUUUCAGCUGAUUCUAUGGGAUUAGAUGAUGAUGGAAUCGAUGCAUUAAGUGAAAAGUUUGAUGGUUUACCUGGUAGUGUUUAUAAUGAUUCUACAAAUGGAUAUAAACCGCAUCGAUUAAAUCCUAAUGAGAUAGAUCCAAAGAAUUAUGCUCCUACUCCAGAUGAACAUCUUAAUAGAAGACUCAAAUUACAAAAUGGUAAAGGAGUAACUAAAGAUGAUUUAAAAAUUGAUUUAAGAACUGAUAAAACAGGUUAUUUGGGUAAUGGGAAAUUUUCUCCCAGUGUAUUUCAACGAGCUGUUGGUCAUAACUAUGAUGGAGAUCAAGAAAAUAAUCAAAUGAAACCUCAAGUACCUCCUAAAAUACCUCAAGGUUUAACAGAAGCAGAAUAUUAUGCUAUAGAAAAGGAUACAUAUUUAAAGGAUCUUAAUGGAAGAAGAUUUUAAAGUCUGAUUCAAUUUCGGCUUACGAAUUAAAUUAUAUGCAUAUACUAUAUAAAUGACAUGCAGAUAUCUGCACAUACUUAGAUUUAAUACAAUAAUAAUAUUUAUUCAU